AGGAGCGGAAGCCAUCCGGGUCUCUCUGCGCAUCCCCGCGCUCGCCCUCGCGGAGGGGAGAGGGAAUCCCUGCCGGUUGGGCGGGCGGGCGGCCGCCGGAGGCCGAAGCAGCAGCAGCAGCGAUGCAUCUGCACCAGGUGCUCACCGGCGCCGUCAACCCGGGAGACAACUGCUACUCGGUGGGCAGCGUCGAGGACACCCCGUUCACGGCAUACGGCUCCGGAUGCGAUAUUGUUAUCCUGGCAAAUGACUUUGAAUGUGUGCAAAUUAUUCCUGGUGCUAAGCAUGGAAACAUACAAGUCAGCUGCGUGGAGUGCUCCCAGCAAGGAAGGAUUGCAGCCUCUUAUGGAAAUGCUGUGUGCAUUUUUGAGCCCCUUGGGGUGAAUUCUCAUAAGAGAAAUUGUCAACUGAAGUGUCAAUGGCUGAAGACAGGGCAGUUUUUCCUCAGUUCUAUGACCUUCAACCUAGCAUGGGAUCCUCAAGGUAACCGGCUGCUGACUGCAACAGAUCAUUUGCAGUUAUGGGCCCCUCCAUCUAGUGAUAUCCUAGAAGAGGAGGAGGAAGAUGAUCCCGACUUAGAGCUCAAAGAGGAUAAAAUCCACCCUGUUCUAAGCGACUGGAAAUGUGUCUGGCACUGCAAAACGGCCGUGUCUGUACAUCUGAUGGAAUGGUCCCCAGAUGGUGAAUAUUUUGCCACGGCCGGAAAGGAUGAUUGUCUCUUAAAAGUCUGGUAUCCGAUGACUGGUUGGAAAUCCUCUCUUCUCCCCCAAGAGAGUGAGGAACAGAAAAGGACCUCCACGCCUGUUCAUUUCGCCUUUGUGUAUCUGGCACAUCCUCGAUCGGUGACGGGCUUUUCGUGGAGAAACACAAGCAAGUUUAUGCCCAGGGGGUCUGUUUGCAACGUGCUGCUUACUUCCUGCCUUGAUGGCAUUUGCCGGCUGUGGGCAGAGACCUUGUUACCCGAAGACAGCCUUCUGGGGGAGCAGAUUUGCGAGACCAGCACUUCCAGCAUUAGCAGCAGCAGCAGCUUCUCCCGCUCCGGAAGGCACAAGGACAACAUCCAGCACGCUUUAGAGACAAUUCAUCACUUGAAAAACAUGCGAAAGGGUCAGCGAAGGUCCUCCGUACUGAUCACUCACACUGAGGAUCUCCCUGAUCAGCUGGGAACACAUGAGGUUCAGCGGCACAUUUCCCACCACGCUAACGCGCUCUGCCAUUUCCACAUAACUGCAAGCAUCAACCCGAACACAGACAUUCCGCCAGCUUUGCUGAAGACGGCUUUUCACUUGGAUGAGGGAAAUGAAGGCUUUGUGGUUCAUUGGCUAAAUAACAAAGAAUUCCAUUUUACGUCCUCCACUGAAAUUUUUAUGCAACACCUACGGGAGCUUACAGAUCAACAGAUGAAACAAGCAGAAGAAGAUGCUGACGAGGAGGAAGGAGAGGAAGAGAGAGAGAGAGAGAGGGAGAGAGGUUUGCUGAUGAAACUUGAUCACGAAUUGUCUCUAGAUAGAGAGUCUGAGACGGGGACUGGCACGGAAUCCUCAGAACAUGAAGAUGGGGAAAGAGAAGGGAGCCCCAAAAUCCUUUCACCAGCUGCCUCGCCCAUGCCGCUUCCCACUGUCUUGUUAGAUAGGAAAAUUGAAUUGCUCCUUAAGGAAUGGAACAAGAACCCAGACAUGCUAUUUACCAUCCAUCCCGUAGACGGCACCUUUCUAGUGUGGCACGUGAAAUAUUUGGAUGAGUAUAAUCCAGGGAUCUUUCGGCAAGUUCAGGUUACAUUUUCUUCUCAGAUCCCCGUCGCGUUUCCGUCCGGCGACGCCAGCUCCCUUAGCAAAAACAUCAUGAUGUAUGCCUGCACCACGUCCGCAAAAGAAAUCAGCGAGGCACUGCUCCAGAAGAGAACUAGCAUUUCCGACAGCCUGUCUGGAUGGAGGCUGGGAUGCUCCCAGGACAGCUUCAACGCAAACAUCACGGUGCCCACAGUCAUGAUGGUUUCUAAGCACAUAGACGGCUCGCUCAACCAGUGGGCGGUUUCUUUUGCGGACAAGUCUGCUUUCACAACGGUGCACACAGUCACCCACAAGUUUAGGUACUGUGGGCACCGCUUUCAUCUCAACGACCUUGCUUGCCACUCGGUGCUCCCGCUCCUGUUGACGUCUUCCCACCACAACACCCUACGGACCCCGGAGGCCGAUCAGCCGUGGGACUCUGAUGGCUUGAACAAAAUGAUGGACCCCAUGAAGCACCUGAAAGGUUCUUCCAGGCAGCAGUUUAGGAACGCAGCGACGCUUACAUUCCACGAUCCAAACGCCAUCUACAGCGAGCUGAUUCUGUGGCGCGUGGACCCCAUUGGGCCUUUGUCGUACACGGGUGGAGUAUCGGAAUUGGCUCGUAUCAAUUCUCUCCAUACCUCUGCCUUUUCCAACGUGGCCUGGCUCCCAACUCUUAUUCCUAGCUAUUGUCUCGGUACCUACUGCAAUUCUGCGAGUGCUUGUUUCGUGGCAUCGGAUGGCAAAAACCUGAGGCUAUACCAAGCUGUGGUGGAUGCACGGAAACUUUUGGAUGAACUGAGCGACCCAGGAUCCUCUAAACUCAUCGGUGAAGUUUUUAACAUUGUGAGCCAGCAAUCAACAGCUCGGCCGGGAUGCAUUAUUGAACUAGAUGCUAUAACCGACCAGUGUGGGUCAAACACGCAGUUGCUUCACGUCUUUCAAGAGGACUUCAUUUUGGGAUACAAACCGCAUAAAGAGGAUGCGGAGCUGAAAGAAACCGAGAUAUUUUUCCAGCCCUCCAAAGGUUAUCGGCCACCACCCUUCUCCGAAAAGUUUUAUCUAGUUGUAAUCGAAAAAGACACAAAUGGGUGUUCCAUACUUCACAUGUGGCAUCUGCAUCUUAAAUCUGUUCAAGCAUGUGUAGCAAAGUCUGCCGAAGUUCAACCAUCAGGAAACCAGCUGGGCAUACCUGGGCAACAGACUGUCGACUCAUCUCCAGAUACCUCGCCAGGUGCAGCACCCAUGCCCCGUUCUUCAUCUGUUGCUAAUCUUCAGACAGCUAGUAAACUUAUUUUGAGUUCUAGCCUGGUCUACAGUUGCCCAUUGGAUAUUCCAGUUGGUGUAGAAGUUGUACGAGCUACUCCUUCUGCAGGACACCUGAGCUCUUCAUCAAUUUACCCAGUCUGCCUCGCACCUUACUUGCUGGUUACUUCCUGUUCGGAUGACAGAGUCCGGUUCUGGAGGUGCUCUGUAGAGACGGUGGUGAACAGCAGAAAUGAAACGAAGGAAACCUAUCACUGGAAGAAGUGGCCUUUAAUGAACGAUUCGAAAGAUGACGACAGCAGCACAGUGGGCAUUUCGGGAAGGCCUGUUGCUGUCAGCUGUUCCUAUACGGGGCGCUUGGCUGUGGCAUACAAACAACCCAUGCAACACAACGGUUUUGUUUCCAAAGAAUUUUCUAUGCACGUUUGUAUAUUUGAAUGUGAAUCCACCGGAGGGUCGGAAUGGGUCUUGGAGCAGACGAUUCACCUGGACGAUCUAGUGGAAGUCGGGAGCGUCCUUGACUCGAGAGUGAGCGUGGACAGCAAUUUAUUUGUAUAUAGUAAAAUGGAUGUAUUUUUGAACAAGGACCGGCACCUGAUGCCAAACACCAAGCAUCUGGUCCACUUGGACUGGGUUUCGAAAGAAGACGGCUCUCAUAUUCUGACGGUCAGCAUGGGUGCGAAUAUAUUCAUGUACGGCCGACUUUCGGGAAUUGUGACUGAGCAAACCAGCAGCAAAGAGGGUGUCGCCGUCAUUACUUUACCACUAGGUGGUAGCAUAAAGCAAGGCAUAAGGUCCAAAUGGGUGCUGCUAAGAUCCAUAGACUUGGUGUCCUCUGUAGACGGCACCCCUUCAUUGCCAGUCUCCCUGUCUUGGGUAAGAGAUGGGAUACUGGUCGUGGGAAUGGACUGUGAAAUGCACGUCUAUGCACAGUGGAAGCACGCCAUGAAAUCGGGGGGCAGCGAGAGCGACUGUUUCCUCGGUGAAGACUCCCCCACGCAAGAUCCAUUGAAGACCAGUUGGAUGGCCAAGAAAACCAGCAUCAUCGACGGAGCGGGCAUUGUGGACGAUGUUUUCGGAACCCCCACUGUGAUUCAAGAUGGCGGGCUUUUUGAAGCCGCCCACGUCCUUUCUCCUACCCUCCCGCAGUACCACCCAACCCAGCUCUUGGAGCUGAUGGACCUGGGUAAAGUCCGCAGAGCAAAAGCCAUUCUUUCGCAUUUGGUGAAAUGCAUUGCGGGGGAAGUUGCCAUUGUGAAAGACCCCGAGUCGGCCGACGGCGGCUCCAAACGGCACCUCUCUCGCACCAUCAGCGUAAGUGGCAGCACCGCAAAGGACGCGGUCAGUACGGGCAAAGAGGGUACCCGGGACUAUACAGAGAUCGACUCUAUCCCUCCGCUGCCAUUGUACGCGCUGCUUUCGGCAGACCAGGAUUCCACGUACAAAACGGAGGAAGCGACCAAGAGGCCCCAAGGCUCACAAGACCAUGCCAAAAGGAAGCCAGAGGAUCACUAUUCGGAUCUAUUCCAGGUUCAGCAGGUGACGACGGACGACUUCAUUGAUUUUGAGCCAGAAAGGAGGGAGCAUAAAUCCAAAGUCAUCAACCUGUCUCAGUACGGGCCGACUUACUUUGGGCGAGAGCAUGCCAGCGUCCUCUCAAGCCAUCUAAUGCACUCAAGUUUACCGGGACUCACUCGCCUGGAGCAGAUGUUCUUGGUCGCCUUGGCAGACACUGUUGCUACCACAAGCACUGAGCUUGAUGAAAACAGAGAUAAGCAUUACUCAGGGAGAGAAACUUUAGAUGAAUGCGGCCUGCGGUACCUGCUAGCUAUGCGUUUGCAUACAUGCCUUCUGACAUCACUCCCACCUUUAUAUCGCGUUCAGCUACUUCAUCAAGGUGUUUCCACAUGCCACUUUGCCUGGGCUUUUCAUUCGGAGGCAGAGGAAGAGUUAAUCAACAUGAUCCCUGCAAUUCAAAGAGGAGACCCCCAGUGGUCCGAACUAAGAACUAUGGGUAUAGGCUGGUGGGUCAGAAACAUUAACACACUCCGAAGGUGCAUGGAGAAGGUUGCAAAAGCAGCAUUUCAGAGGAACAACGAUGCCUUGGAUGCUGCGCUAUUUUACCUCGCGAUGAAGAAAAAAGCAGUGGUGUGGGGUCUGUUUCGGUCUCAGCAUGAUGAGAAAAUGACACAGUUCUUCAGCCAUAAUUUCAGUGAAGAUAGAUGGCGCAAAGCAGCUUUGAAAAAUGCUUUUGCUUUGCUGGGGAAACAGCGCUUUGAGCAGUCGGCUGCCUUUUUCUUGUUGGCUGGGUCGCUAAAGGAUGCUAUUGAGGUGUGUCUUGAGAAGAUGGAAGACAUCCAGCUAGCUAUGGUUAUCGCUCGUCUGUAUGAAUCCGAAUUUGAGAUCUCCUCCACCUAUACAGCCAUCCUUUAUGAGAAGAUACUGGGCUGUGAGAAAGAUGGAAGUGGAUUCAGCUGCGCAAAACUGCACCCGGACCCUUUCCUGCGAAGUCUUUCCUACUGGGUAAUGAAAGAGUACACUAGAGCACUCGACACUUUACUGGAGCAAACACCAAAGGAAGAUGAUGAAAACCCAGUCAUUGUCAAAUCGUGCAAUCCUGUGGUCUUCAGUUUCUACAACUACCUUCGCACUCACCCCUUGCUCAUCCGAAGAAAUUUUUGCCUGCCCGAUGGGGCCUUUGCCACUUUGGGAUUGCAAGCCGAGAAAAGCUUGAUCGACAGAAUCAAUCUUAUUGAGAGAAAGCUGUUUUUCACUACUGCAAAUGCUCAUUUUAAAGUGGGGUGUCCCGUGCUAGCCCUCGAAGUCCUUUCCAAGCUCCCCCAAAUAAGCAGCAAAUCCAAUAUCUUCAUCAAGACAGAAGAAGGCGCCGAGAGUCCUGCUGCGCAGAACGGUGUGAAAUUGGAACCAAAGGCGUCGGGCGAAGGCAGUGCUGCAGACUGGUUGCAGCCCGGGGAGAGCUCAGCGGAUUUGACGAGUCAGAUGGAGUCCGCAGCCCUCGUUGACUGGAGUAAGCCGGCAAUAACGUUUGAGGAUGAGCCUCUGAAACUGGACUGGGGGGAAGACAAAAGCAGCUCGCAGGAAGAGGAGGAGGAGGAUGGUUUGCAAAUGAAGGGUUCGAAACAGGAACCAGAAAGUGGAAAGCAGACCGGGAGAAGCCCGGACGAUGAUGCUUAUAUCGACGACAUCGAAGUUGACGUGAUCGCUGAGCAGCUGAAGUUCAGAGCGUGCCUCAAAAUCCUCAUGACGGAGCUGAGAACGUUGGCCACCGGCUACGAAGUCGACGGAGGGAAGCUCCGCUUCCAGCUCUACAACUGGCUGGAAAAGGAAAUUGCCGCUCUGCACGACAUCUGCAACCACGAAGCGCGGGGGAAAGGCGAGGGUGAAGCAAGUGCCCAGAUAAACAGAGACCUCCUUGACCGCGAAGAAGUGGGGGACAAGGGGGACAUCGGCUCGUACGAGCGGCACCAGAUCGAGCGGCGUAGGCUGCAAGCCAAGCGAGAGCAUGCAGAGCGGCGAAAGUGGUGGCUGCAGAAGAACCAGGCCCUCUUGAGGGUUUUCCUAAGCUACUGCAGCCUACACGGGGCACAGGGAGGUGGUCUCGCCUCUGUGAGAAUGGAGCUCAAGUUUCUGCUGCAAGAAUCGCAGCAGGAAACGACAGUCAAGCAACUCCAGUCGCCCCUCCCGUUACCCACCACGCUACCGUUACUGUCGGCAAGCAUUGCUUCAACAAAAACGGUUAUAGCCAACCCUGUGCUGUAUUUAAACAACCACAUCCACGAUAUCCUUCAUACUAUUGUGCAGAUGAAAACGCCACCCCAUCCUAAUGUUGAAGACGUAAAGGUGCAUACCCUCUAUUCAUUAGCCGCUUCCCUUUCUGCAUCUAUUUACCAAGCCUUGUGUGACAGCCACAGCUACAGCAGUCAGGCAGAAACAAAUCAGUUUACAGGAAUGGUUUAUCAAGGACUGCUGUUGAGUGACCGUCGCAGACUGAGGACAGAGAGCAUUGAAGAGCAUGCCACACCAAAUUCAUUGCCUGCACAGUGGCCUGGUGUGAGCUCACUCAUAAACCUCUUAAAUACAGCCCAGGAUGAGGACCAGCCAAAGCUAAAUGUCUUGCUUUGUGAAGCUGUUGUAGCAGUCUACCUAAGCCUGCUGAUACAUGCUCUGGCUACCAACGCUUGCAACGAAUUGUUUCGACUAGCAGCCCACCCCUUGAAUAACCGAAUGUGGGCUGCUGUCUUUGGAGGAGGAGUAAAGCUUGUGAUCAAACCAAGGCGGCAAUCGGAAAAUAUUCCAGCCCCUCCAGUUCCUUCGGAAGAAAUGGACAAGCAUCGCCGCAGAUUCAACAUGAGAAUGUUAGUGCCAGGAAGGCCAGUCAAAGACAGUGUUGUCCCUCCACCUGUGCCUGCAGAAAGACCGUCUUACAAAGAAAAAUUCAUCCCUCCGGAACUCAGCAUGUUGGACUAUUUUGUCGCAAAGCCAUUCCUUCCUUUUUCAGACAGUGGUGUGAUAUAUGAUUCUGAUGAGAGCAUCCACAGUGAAGACGAGGAUGAGGAUGCUUUCCUCUCCGAUAUGCAAAUCCUGGAGCACAAGGAUGCCAACUCCUACAGCUGGGCUCUUAUCCAUUUGGCGAUGGUAAAACUUGCUCUGAACAAUAUUAAGACCUUUUUCCCCAUUGCUGGUUUAGAAAUACCUGAUCUUCCAGUCACCUCGCCGCUGGGUAUCGCUGUGAUUAAAAAUUUGGAAAAUUGGGAGCAAAUCCUUCAAGAAAGAAUGGACCAGUUUGAAGGCCCACCGCCCAAUUAUAUCAAUACCUGUUUCACUGAAGUGGGAAUAGGACCGGGAGCAGCUGCCGCCCGAAUAAAAGCAAUGGUUGACCCUGAAAACACACCAUUCAAAUCAAAAGAUUAUUCAGCACAGCCAGCCAAAAGGCUGUGGCAUUUUCUGGUGAAGCAAGAAUUACUGCAAGAUACUUUCCUCCGAUACACGUUCACCAAGAAAAGAAAGCAAAGUGAGGUCGAAGCAGAGCUUGGCUACCCUGGAGGAAGAGCAAAAAUUAUACACAAGGAGUCUGAUAUGAUCAUGGCCUUUGCAGUCAAUAAGGCAAACAUCAACGAAAUAGUGUUAGCUUCUACGCAUGAUGUUCAGGAACUUGAUGUCACAGCCCUCCUGGCUGCUCAGUCUUACAUAUGGAUUGGAGAGGAGUUUGACCGAGAAUCUAAAAGUUCGGACGACCUCGACUUCCGCGGCUCCACCACGACGCUCACGCAGUCGAGCACGGCGUCCUUUGCGGUGGCUCAGAUGCAGCCUGUCUCCUCUUCAUCAACUUCAUCUAUGCCAUGGUUGGGCAGCGGGCAAACAAGUACUGGAGCUGGCGUGCUCAUCAAGCGGAAUUUGAAUAACGUUAAGAGGAUGACUUCUCAUCCAGUCCAUCAGUAUUACCUUACAGGAGCCCAGGAUGGUAGCGUCCGGAUGUUUGAAUGGACAAGGCCACAACAAUUGGUGUGCUUCCGACAAGCAGGCAAUGCACGAGUUACUAGAUUGUAUUUUAAUUCUCAGGGCAAUAAGUGUGGUGUGGCUGAUGGAGAGGGAUUCCUAAGUAUCUGGCAAGUAAACCAAACUGCAACUAAUCCUAAACCUUAUCUGAGCUGGCAGUGCCACAGCAAAACCACAAGUGACUUUGCAUUCAUUACCUCUUCGAGUCUAGUAGCCACCUCUGGGCAGUCCAGUGACAACAGAAACGUGUGUUUGUGGGACACCUUAGUCUCACCAUCCAACAGCCUCAUACAUGCCUUCACUUGUCACGAUCACGGUGCCACCGUGCUACAGUACGCACCCAAGCACCAGCUGCUGAUUUCGGGAGGCAGGAAAGGGCACAUCUCCAUCUUCGACAUCCGGCAGAGGCAGGCCCUGCACACCUUCCAAGCCCACGACUCUUCGAUCAAAGCGCUCGCCCUCGACUCUUCCGAAGAGUGCUUUUGCACGGGCUCCGCAGAAGGCAAUGUGAAGGUGUGGAGGCUGACAGGCUACGGUCUGAUCCACUCGUUUAAGCACGAACACGCCAAGCAGUCCAUCUUCCGAAACCUCAGCACCGGAGUCAUGCAGAUUGAGAUGGCACAAGGCAACCGCAUCUUCUCCUGUGGAGCGGAUGGUACCCUGAAGAUGCGAGUUCUACCUAACGCUUUCAGCAUCCCUUCGGGCCUCUGCGACAUUCUGUAGACUUUGCUGCCGCCGCCGCCAUUCCCUGUCCGAGAAACGUGGCUGGAACCGGCACCGUGGCGUAGCGAGCAUUUAAGAAGGGGUGCUGCCACGCUUCAUAAUCGAGAGUUAAUUAUUGCAGCCUUUAGUUGCUAUAUAGUUGAGUUAAGAGGAAGAGCGGUGUUUCAACACCCCCCCACACACCUUUAUUUUAUUUUUUUCUCGUUUAAAGCACUGUGUUUAUGAAUUGAUGGGCUGGGAAUGCAUGCACUGUACGGGCGCCGACGUCCCUUGCACAGUGACCGAUGGGCUUGUGCUCUGUGACCCAUGAGAUUGUUUACUUAAAGUAAGCAAAAAGAUGCUUAUUCGCCUGCAGUUGCAGCAAAAUCCCUAAAAGUAAGCUAUUUUUGAUGUACUUUUCAGGAUAUUCUCUUCCAAAUCACUGCCGCUAAGUUGAAGCAUGUCUGCAAGCCGCCCCCCCCCUCCAAUUUUGAAAAUGAUUUGCUAUAAUGAAGGGUAUUCGAAGUGAGCGUGAUUUUACAUUGUCGAUGUCGUUAUUUAUUAUUAUUGUAAUUAUUAUUUUGGGUCAUGCCACUAUGAAAAUGUGACUACCACACAAUCCGUGAAGCUGUGUGCAAUGGGGAAUGUACUGUGGGCUGAUGUGUAUAUUAUUUGAUGCUGAGACCCCCCUAUUAUGUUCCCCCUCCCAGAAUUAGCAUUAAUGCACCGCUGGAGUACUGUAAUUUGCACAGAAUAACAUUUCUCGGAACCUGUGGGAUUUUCCUUGGAAUCGUAUGCCACUUUUGAUUUUCUGUCUGUUUGUGCUGAAGCCGUUUUGAAACGAACCAGGCCGCCCACCGAAACGGAGGCCCUGUGGCAUUCUCCCCCUUUCCCUUUCCUAACGUUUGGUACGGCUGACCACUGUCCCGAUACGAUUUGUUGCAUUUCUUUCUCCACAUUCCAAUCCAGACCACUGGCCGGACAGGGCAGGAAACCAAGCCACAUUAUGACAUCAGUUCAAGUCACUACUGAGAGGUGAGGGUGAGAGAGAAUGCAACACAGGUCUCUGUUUUCAUCCGAGGCGCCGUGAUUUUCCUAAUAUCAGAUUCCACCUUACUCCUUCCCCCUGCCAUUAUUUUGAGUCCUGCCUUUUGCAUUAGGAAUGUAAUUUGUGAGCACUAAGUGUUUGUUGUGAACAGGAAACCUCUUUCUAGUCAUCCUUUUGAGUUCUGAGUUUUAUUUUUACGUAGGGCAAAAAAAAAAAAAGCAAAAGAAGGAAGGGGGAAAAAACCAUACAGAUUGAUCUUUCUUAAAGCAAAGCUGUAGAAGAAACUACUGAUAUAGACCCAUGCCACAUUUCAGAUGAAUGUCAGGCUUACAUGUGGCCAGCUAGUAAAUAGUUGACAAAAUUGGUAAUCUUGAACUGUUUCCACAGCAUAUUGUAUAAACUAUGCAGAGGUCAAUAUUGUUUGCUUGUAAUAUACCAGCUAUUGUUUGUCAUACUUAGAUGUAUUUUUCUCUGUUGUAAAACAGGAAGACACGUUCUUUACCAAGAUAUAACGGAGCUGAUGUCUGUGUAUUUAAAUGUUUAACAAAUUGUAUUUUUUCCCCCUCCAGUGAGAAUUUAUGUGUCUGUGCUGUAUUCUAAAUCAGAAAUAUAUAUAUAUAUGAGAAAUAUAUAUAUAUGAAUGAGAUGGAGUAAAAUGCACCUUUGUCUAAAGGCAAUUUUAAGUGCAAGCUGCAAAGUAUAUAUAUAUAUGAAAAGAAAGCAAAUGUCCUUUGUUAGUUUUACCUUUGUAAGUUAAAUAAAUUCCUUUUAUUUCACGGAA